AGGGGGUGUUGCCUCCGAGUGGCCAUAUUGAGAGGAGUGCGUGAUGUGGAGAGCAGUUCUGGUUGAAGAAAUCCUCCCUGCACACAGCCACUUGUGACGAUGGCGGCCAGUGAGAUGGAUGCUUUCGUGAGUGAAGGAAAGCGAAAUCUGGAGCUCAGAGGCCAUGUGGGAUUCGACCGUCUUCCAGAUCAGCUGGUCAGCAAAUCAGUUGCUCAGGGGUUUAGCUUCAACAUCCUCUGUGUAGGCGAGACAGGGAUCGGCAAGUCAACGCUGAUGAACACUCUUUUCAAUACGACAUUCGAAAACGAGGAAGCCAGCCACUAUGAGAGCGAUGUGCAUCUACGCCCACAGACCUACGAUCUGCAGGAGAGCAAUGUCAACCUCAAGCUGACCAUCGUGCACACUGUCGGGUUUGGAGACCAGAUCAACAAAGCGGAAAGCCACAAACCGAUUCUUGAGUACAUUGACACCCAGUUUGAAAGGUAUCUUGAGGAAGAGCUGAAAAUAAAGCGUUCCCUCUGCAACUACCACGACACAAGAAUCCACAUCUGCCUGUACUUCAUCGCUCCCAACGGCCACUCCCUGAAGUCUCUGGAUCUCGUCACAAUGAAGAAACUGGACAGCAAGGUCAACAUCAUCCCUGUCAUUGCAAAGGCAGACACAGUUUCCAGGAGUGAACUGGAUAAAUUAAAGAUAAAGAUAAUGAGCGAGCUGGUCAGCAACGGAGUUCAGAUUUAUCAGUUCCCCACAGAGGAUGAGGCCGUCGCAGAGAUCAACUCCUCCAUGAAUACACAUCUUCCCUUUGCUAUGGUUGGAAGUGUAGAAGACGUUAAAGUAGGAAAUAAGAUGGUGAAAGCGAGACUGUACCCCUGGGGAAUAGUACAGGUGGAGAAUGAGAACCACUGUGACUUUGUGAAGCUGAGGGAGAUGCUGCUGCGUGUGAACAUGGAGGAUCUCCGUGAUCAAACGCACGCUCGGCACUAUGAACUCUACCGUCGCUGCAAGCUGGAAGAGAUGGGCUUCAAGGACACCGGCCCUGACAGCCAGUCCUUCAGCCUUCAUGAUACAUACGAAGCCAAGCGGAAGGAGUUCAUUGUGGAGCUGCAGCGCAAAGAGGAAGAAAUGAGGCAGAUGUUUGUCAGCAAAGUGAAGGAGACAGAAGCAGAGCUGAAAGAAAAGGAAAAAGAGCUUCAUGAGAGGUUCGAGCAGCUCAAGCGGAUGCACCAGGAUGAAAAGAAGAAUCUGGAAGAGAAAAGACGGGAACUGGAGGAAGAGAUGAACGCCUUCAACAGAAGAAAGGUUGCAGCUGAGACGCUGAUGGGACAGGCCCUGCAGGGCUGCUCACAACAGCCGUUCAAGAAGGACAAGGACAAGAAGAAUUGAAUUAUGGAUCAAACAUCCAGGAAUGUGUCCACCGUCAGCAUGGGAAAAACAGGCUGUUAUAACUUACUGACACUGUAUGUGUGGACUCAAUGACACAGUGACGGUGCACGUAUGUGAGCCUGAAUAAUGGGGUGGCUCUAAGCCACUGUGUACUUUUGGAUCAAAAAGGUAGCUUUGCUCAGUGUGUUUAAUUUGUUCCUGGUGCUGACUCUGCGGGACACAUGAUAACACAUCUGUGGACUGUUUUCAUAAGAUGAAGCGUGUGUUUUUUCAUUUGCUGUCCAUGAAUGUGUCCAUGUUCUGAAGUCUAUAUUUCUCAGAGACCCUGAAAGCACUUCAUAUAUUCAGGAGACUGAGUCAGAAUCUCUUUUUUGUAAAAUAUAAUUUUUAAUAGUCGAUAUAAAAAUACUGAUGGUUGAUCUUUUUAAUUGUUGGUAGUUAUUAUUUGAGGUCAGAUAAUUCUGUAGUUAGAUGAUUAGGUAAGAUAAUUGAAACAUCUAACCACCACUCAAUGCAUUGUUAUAAAACUGAGAAAAUAAUUGAAUUUUUGUACAGUGAGUCUGGAAACAAGCAAAUAUUUUGCCUUCAUUACAAUAAAAAAUUAUGAUUUGAAAACACAAAUAGAGGAUCAGUUUAUCUCUUUGUCAGCAGAACCCGAACCCCUUUAGUUCUUUCAGUCCUCACUUCCCAUCACAUCAGUCAUUUGUAUGAUUCAUAUUGUACCUGCUGUCAUCUCCAAAACAAGGUUUCUAAUCCUUUUGGUUUAUUAACAGUGUUUCUGUCUGAGUCGUUUAAUUCUAGCUUCAGUUUUUUACUUCACUGGGUGGUAUUAACAGGAUAAAUAACAAAAUGCUGAAUUCACUUUAUCAUUUGCACUAAUUCUCAGUUGUAAAGAUAUUGUGCUGUUAAUUAAUCUAUAGACUUGCUUGUUCAUUAAAAUGUUUUUUCUUUCCUUUCCAUAGCUUCUUUAGUCUUCCAUCUGCCUGCUCCUUAACCUCAGGAAGGAAUUUGAAUUAGAAGAUUUUCUACCACAGCAAAAUGAUCACAGACUAAUAACAAUGAAGUGUAUUAUUUUCACAAUGUGAAAUAACAAGUUUUAUAGAAAUGCACUUAACAUCUCUGGAGGUGAGUCAGUCUGCAGUCUUCCCUGUCUACUUAACUCUCCUUGAAACCUUUAAGCAGUGCUCUGUAGCAUGGUCUCCGCAUGGCUCUUAACCUUCAUUCCCACGAUGAUUAAAACGUCGUCAUAGCCAAAACUUCUGUUUUUGUACUAAAUGUCUACCUUCUCUAAUCUGCCAUGUUUUGCUUGUAGUUUUUGACUGAUGACAGUUUACACUGUGAAGUAUAAAGUAUACUAUAAAGUGACGUAGAAUUGCUGUUAAAGGUUGUACAGAUUGAGCAUUAUAUUAUAAUUUACAUGCACUUUAAAUCAAUCAUAGUACAAAUACAUUUACUUAUUAUAAAAGGUACAUUAUCAUGUUUACAUGUCAAACCCUUAGUUUGCGUCUGAAAGAUGUAGCUGGGAGUAUUUCUUAGUUUCAGACUUGUAUGUAAUGCUGUUACAUUAAAUAAGCCUAGAUGUAGACAAAUUCAACCUGAAACCUGUGUCAGUAAAUCUGUAUGGUGGAUGUGAGUUGGCCCACGACAAGAUUUGUAUAUCCUUGGCUAAUAAAGAGUUACUUUAU